GGCAGGAAUAAUUGGCUUCUAUGUCCUUAAUUGAUUGACAUAUAGCUGCCACUCUAAUUAUUAUUUACAGCAGCGCUAUGUGGAACGCAGGGACAGACAAAACAACUGUCAACACGUGUGGGUUUGCUUUCGCUUUUGCUUUUCCAAUUUUCACUUAGGCUGUCUGCUCUAAUAAUGGUCAAACACGGGAGCGCACUAUUUGUUCAGUGUCAAAUGUUCAUGAAAAAAUAACCAGACGGUUUACACUCGGCUGCCAGGUGCCGAGGCUCAGUACUUGUCGAGAGCUUGGCGGCAUCGCUUGAAGAUCGAGAAACAUUAUGGAAAUCUCUGAGCCCAACAUUGGCAUCUUCUAUGUUAGCAAGAUUUUGGCUCUGGCGCCAUAUGCAGCCAAAAAGAACUCGAAGGGUCAGCUAGAGAUACGUCGCAGUUGGAUAUUUUCCAUAUACUCAGUUUGCCUGUGCAUGAUAAUGGUUUUCCUAACCUAUCGUGGACUUCUUUUCGAUGCGAACUCGGAUAUACCAGUUCGAAUGAAAUCGGCGACUUCGAAAGUGGUAACCGCCUCGGACGUGUCGGUUGUGGUGCUGGCCAUCGUGACUGGUGUUUACUGUGGCAUGUUUGGCUUGCGUGCCACACAGGAGUUGAACAUACGACUGCAGAGGAUCGACAGCACUCUGAGUCCCUUCAACAAUUUCAAGAAGGAUCGCUGGCGCGCCUACGGCAUGGCCAGCGUGUCGCUCGUUGUCAUUGGCAUCCUGCUUGGCCUGGAUGUGGGCACCUGGGCGCGCAUGGCACAGGAAAUGAACAUUAGCCAGGCGGACACUGAUCACAACAUCUCAUUGCCAGAGCUCAACGUUCAGUGGUAUAUACCCUUCUACAGUCUCUACUUUAUCUUGACCGGGCUGCACAUCAAUUUCGCAAACACGGCCUACGGCCUGGGCAGGCGCUAUAAGCGGCUCAAUCAAAUGCUGCGAGCCAGCUAUCUGGGUGAAUUUGCAGACAAAACUUAUGGCAAUGCAACCAAUCUGAUCAGAGUAAGUGCUGUCAGGUCCAUCAGCUUUAAGCCAAUGAUGCCAAUGGCACUGCACGCCAGCCUAACGAAGUUAAACAGUGACACCUUGGCUAAUGAAGCCGCAGAUAUUUCGGUAACAGCUAAAAACAAAAGCUUGCUGAUUCGAGCCAUGGCCGAUAAUCACGAGUCGCUGGGCAAAUGCGUGCGAUUGCUCUCGAGAUUCUAUGGUAUAGCUGUGCUGUUCAUACUGGUCUCCUGCUUGCUGCACUUGGUUGCCACGGCUUACUUUCUGUUUCUGGAGAUGCUCAAUAAGCGGGACAACGGCUAUGUAUGGGUGCAAAUGCUCUGGAUCAUCUUUCACUUUCUGCGCCUGCUCAUGGUCGUGGAGCCGUGUCAUUUGGCAGCGCGCGAGGCACGCAAGACCAUACAAAUUGUGUGCGAAAUUGAGCGUAAAGUCUUUGAGCCCAUUCUGGUCGAGGAGACCAAAAAGUUCUGGCAACAGCUGCUGGUCGACGACGCCGAAUUCUCUGCUAGCGGACUAUGCCGGGUUAAUCGCACCAUUCUGACAUCGUUUGCCUCGGCAAUAGCUACCUAUUUGGUCAUACUUAUCCAAUUUCAAAAGACGAACGGUUGAAGCUCGCCACGAAUUCAUAAUUCUGUUUGCC